GCAGCCCUACCAACAAUAAUAAAGCAGCGGCAACAACAAACAGUCGACGCAACAGCAGUUUUCAAUUCCAAACAAACCCAAAAUCCACAAACAAUUAACAGAAUUCGCAAUAAAUUUAUGCGAAUAUUAAAUAUGUGCUGUGCGCUUAAAGUUAUAAGUCAUAAUAAAUAAAAGAGACCACAAAUAAUUCGACGCAAAUUCCGUGGCAUACGCACCAAGCACGUGCGUUGGCGGGGGAGGUGAGGUGGGCUAUUUCGGAUGCUACGCAAUAAGACAAAGCUACGCAAUUUCAGCUGUCGCUGUUGCUGUCGCAGUCGCAGUCGCUGCUGGUGGCACUACGACGCACCUGCCAAACUCGAAACGUCGCUGCUGCUGCUGACGUGUGCAAACGAGUGCAAAGCGACGACAGGAUAUUAAACAGCUACAGCCAGAACGAAAGCAGUUGCAAACUGCACGACAAAAUUAACGAAGUGUCAGUGCAAUUGAACGACACGACGCACGCAUACACACAAUACAAUAGCAACAACGCAAAUGCCAAUAAAGAAUGCAGCGCCACGAAGAGCACAGCAGAUUGCAUAAAAAUCCUGCUCAAGAAUAAGAAGUGCACACUUUAAAACACACACAGACGCACAUAAAAGCGCGACAAAGCAAAACAAGAAGAGCGCAUACCUACAACAGUAACAGCAACAACAACAGCAGCAUAUAAAAGGGCAAACAGUGCGCGAACAAACAAGGUGGAAAGUAAAAAAGUUGUUUGUCAACUUGUGGCGUCCAUUGCACACACACUCCCUUCACCCGUCGCCCGCCUCCCACCGCUCAAAUGUUGCAGCAACAAAGUGUCUGGCUGUACUGCUACCAACUGGAUGUAGAUGAAGUGCAUGUCCAGUGUGCUUGCAACAGCGCCUGCGGCCAGUGCUAAGUAGUUUGUGGCAAAAGCAGCAGCAGCAGAAGUUAUAGUUGAAGUAGAAGAAGCAAAAGUGGCAAGUGCGAAGCAAACAACAACUACUUCAACAAUUUGUGUGUUAAUCCUUUUUGGCCAUGUCAACGGUAACACGCAGCGCCAGCGCCAGUCCCUGCAUGGCCCUCAAUGGCAUCAUCGAUGCCAGCCUCUUCCCCCUCAAAUCCACAUCCGAUGUGGUCAAUCUCUUUCGACGUGCCCUCACCAGCGCCAUCGAGCCCGAUCUGACGCUCCUCUCCAUUGUCGUUGGCUACAUCGAGCUAUCGCUCACCACCGGCGAGGCGGCUCAGGCUGCGCAGGCAGCACAAGCGUCCCUAGGCAGCAGCAGCGAUGUCAUCAUGGGCAACAGCGUGCCCUUUCCGGUGGUCACCCACGAGCUGAUAGCCGGACUGUAUAAGAAAUUCCAGACGAUAUUGUCGGUGGUGGAGAAGCCGAAACCGCAUCGUCAGGCGACACGUGAUAUCAUAAAGAAAGUAUCGGAUGUGAUAUGGAAUUCCCUGAUACGAAGCAGCUACAAGGAUCGGGCACAUCUGCAGAAUCUGUACAGCUAUUUGUCGGGCAAUAAGUUGGAUUGCUUUGGCGUUGCCUUGGCCACAACUGCCGGUUGUCAGUUGCUGGGAUACCGUGAUGUGCGUCUGGCCAUCUCCGAAGAUCAUGCAUGGGUAAUGUUUGGUCAGAAGCGUGUGGAGAGCAUCGAGGUGACCUGGCAUGGCAAAGGCAGCGAGGAUAAACGUGGUCAGGACAUUGGCGCUGGCAUUGAAUCCGGCUCCUGGCUGUAUCUGGGCGGCCUGGCCGUCGUCUGUGAGCGUGGCAUGGAAGUGGCUGCCAUUUGUGUGGCAUUGAACAUCUCCCUGAGUGCGAACAGCGAUUGUGUUGAGGUUGCAGAGUUGCAGCAACAGCUUCUCUGGCUACUGUAUGAUUUGGGUCACCUUAAGCGUUAUCCCAUGGCAUUGGGGCUACUCGGCGAGCUGGAGGAGAUUAAUCGAACGCAUCACAGCAUCAGCUGUGAGCAGUUGUUCCGCGAGGCAAUCGAGGCAUCCCGAACCUAUUACCACAAUCAUCACGUCUAUCCGCACAUCUUUCAAGGCAACUAUUACAAUCGAUUGCUUAAGUAUCGCGAGGCUUUUGCCGCCUGGGCAAAUGCGGCGGAUGUUAUACGGCUGUAUACGUAUCAGUGUCGCGACGACGAGGAGAUCUACAAGGAGCUGCUGGACAUUGCCAACGAGCUGAUACCCUAUGUGAUGAAGAGCGAAAGUUCGGGUCACUCGGCGCGCAGCAUUCUCCGUGAUGCGGAAGUCUUUGCGAAUCUUUUGCGUUUCUAUGACGGCAUCUGUCAGUGGGAGGAGGACAGCCUGACGCCCAUUUUACAUAUUGGUUGGGCCAAGCCUUUGGUCAACAACAUUACAAAGUUCGACUACGAUAUACGCUCACAGGUGGUCAUUAAAUUACCCGAGGAUCUGGAGGCCGAACAGGCGGCCGCAUUGGAGGCUAAAAGGGCAAUGGCUGCAGCAGCAGCGGCAGCAGCAGAAUCAUCGCUCCAUUUUGAGGGCAAUAACAACAAUAACAACACUGUUGUUAAGAGAGAUGAGAAACCGAAGUCGGAAUUGCCCACAACAUUGGCGGACUUAACAGCUGCAUGUGGCGAGAAGAUAUUAAAUCCAGAUUUUCUGCUGCAAGGCGGCGGUCAACCAUUUGCCGAUCAGAAGCAGCAAAGUGUUGCAGAGGAGACGCCGUCGCAUAACAACAAAGGCACCAACACUAUAGACAAGGAGGCUACAACAACUACAACUACAACAAGCAACGGCGGCACUUUGGCACAGUCGCCACCAAAUGAGGCAAGCAGCGCCAAUGAGGCAACACAGCAGCCACAACACCAGCACCACAAAGAAGCUAAAUUGGAGGAAAGCAAAAGCAAAAGCAAUAGCAUGUGCAACAUCGUUGAACAAACGACAAGCACUCCAGCACUCGUCGAUGACUAUGAUCCAUUUGAGAUCAUGCUAAAGCGUCCAGUGAUCACACUAUAUAGCCAGAAAAUGAAGGGCUUAAAGGAUCUUCUGCUCGCCGAGAAGCUCAACACACACGCCAUAUCACUUCAAGUCACCGCCCAAUCGGUGGCAUCCCGCAAAGUGCGGGGCGUGGCAGACAGUCGACAGUCGACGGCAACAAUAUCGGCCACUAUAACGGCUAUAGCAUCAACAGAGGGCGGCAUUGGGGGAGGGGCUGGCACUGCAGCGAGUGCAUCCUCGGCGAGUGGAGAUUCAAUUGCAGCCUCAAGACCUAAGCGUACAAGACGCGAGUAAAUCAGUAUCCACAAUCGCGUAGAAAUUUGUUGUUAUAUAUAGAUAUAUAUUAUAUAUGUAUAUUGCUUGUACACAUGACGAGUAAAUUGCUGAACUUGUCAAGUUCGUAAGCAGCUUUUAUCUGUGUGUGUGUGUGAUUAACACAUGCGAUUACAUUAAUGAUUAAUCCUUUACUAUUAUGCGUAUAUAUAUCAAUAUUUUUGAUGUUCGAUGUGUAUUUAUGUAGUUUGUAAGCGCGAAACACAAACCGUUAGAGAACGCUUAGCGUUUUAAAAGAGUUACACACAAUACACACCACUCACACAAACAGAAGAAAGCACACAAAGCUCUCAACUAUUUAUAAAGGUGCUAGCGAGCUAAGCGAAUAAAAAGCUAAUAGAAAUCAACGAUAUCAGCGAGUUGUUUACACGAUUUGUUCGCAAGCACCUUAACGUAUUGUAAUUGUAUUUUAGUCUGUUAAUAUAAUUAAUUUUUUUUAUAUUUAUUUCUAAAACUUGUUUUCCCAUUCUUUGUAUAUGUUAGUUUUUGGUUUAAGCUCAAGCGUAACUUUAUUGGUGCUCUUCUUAAAAAUUGAAAUAUUUGUAAAAAUGGAUAUAUGUAUGAAUGUAUGUGUUUACUACUUUUAUGCAUUUAAUGAGGCUAAGCUGUUUAAUUUAAUUUACAGAUGUAUACAUAUAUGGAUACAGAAGAAAUAACUUAACACAACCGCAACAUAGAACAUUUUAUAAUGCAACAGAAAACAUAUUUAACACUUCCUCUCUAUAUGUGAUAAAAAAAAAACUGUUUUUUCUAGAAAGCUUUCAUAUACUAUGUAUUAUAUACGUAUCUAAUAAUACACUUACCAUAAACAAACAUACAUAUUUAUCAAGUCACUUACUUAAAACACACAUUAAAGGGCCGUGCAACUUAAAAGGGGAAGGACGCGGCAUGCACUUUUUAAACAAUUGAUCAAAGAUCCAAUGCGAAAUAACAGCAUCUAUAUGAACAGAGUUAUUUUAUUUAUGAAACUUUUGAAGCGGCAUUAUAAGUAUUAUAAAACGAAAACAAAAAUCCUUGAAAUCCAUUGAAAGCAGUCAGGGGUCAGCGUUGAAUUUAAGCAAACUGGAGCUUAAAAACAAAUUGUUAAAUGAUGAUAAUAAAAAGCAUUAAUUUAUUUUUUUUGUGCGUCGUGCGUCUGUGAUGAAUAAUGUAUAAAGUAAAAACAGAAAAAAAAAGAAAAGAGAGCGACUAUGCCCAUUAAGUUUAACAAAUCACAAAGAAAACAACAACAAAACACAAAUAGAACAAUAAGUUCAAAAAUGGUAUAAAUUAAUCAAAUGUAUGGUGUUUUAUUCCUUUAUAAAAGUAGCAUAUUUAAACAAAAACAAAAGAUACAAAUCUAUAUUAAUACAUACAUUUGUAGAUAUAUUUUGGCAUACAAAAUUUUUACUAUAAGCGUAAAAGAAAAAUUAACAGUUUGGCAAGCGAAAAACCAUUUGAAAAAAUAGCCUAUAACCACAAAAGCAAAACAUGCAAUAAAUCAAAAGCAUACCGCAAACUAUUUAUUAUCGAUGUUAAAGUUACUUAUAUUUCAAACCGCUCAAUAACCCUAUUAGCUUGAAAUUCAAAUAGCCACAAGUCAAAAUGUUAUAAAAAAAAAAUUACAAAUAAAUGCAUCUUUCAAAAAGCAA